AUGGAAACUUGGUUUUGGAUUCUUGGCUGUUCUCUCUCCAUUCUGACCAUAAAUGGAAAUGGAUCUAUUAUCUUCCUUGUUUGCAGCAGACGGCGGCUCCGAACCAAAACCAACGCGUUCAUCGUCUCUCUUGCAGUGGCGGAUUUCUUUGUUGGAUUGAGCACUGUACCUACAUUGUUCUUCUGCCAGGAAGAAGGCGAUUGUAACGGGUUAUCUAACGACUUGAGGAAAUUAUUCCCAUUCACCUCAGUAGUAAACCUGUGCACUUUAGUCCUGGAGCGUUAUGUCGCCGUUGUGAUGCCUUUCAAAUAUUUGACUUUUAUGAAGCGUCGCCGCGUUUUCCUGGUGAUUUUCACCUCUUGGGCGAUUCCAGUUAUUACUGCUUUGGCUUUUUUUCAAAAUGGAUCGGCUCUGUCCAAACCAAUGUUCACUAUAUGACAUAAUCAUUUCGAUGAACAUAAUUUUUUUGGCUUUUUUGUCAUGCCGUGGUCUGAUCUUUUGCUUCGCUUCAAUGUCACUUGUUCUUAACAAGCACGAGCGAGCAGCUCGCGUCUUAACAAAGCAGCUCCACUUUAAUCAUCGAUUUCUGUUCAAAAUCCGGGAGAAAUCUGCAGUUAAAAUGAUGGCAAUUGUUAUAGGAGUUUUCCUUCUAGCGAACAAAUUUGCUUUACGAUGUGGUUGUAUAUUAUUUUUUAAAACGGGAAAAACAUGUGAUGAUGAAGAAUAUAAAAUACCCCUUCUUGUUUUAAACUCUGCUAUUAACCCCAUUGCGUACGCCUUCUUCAAGCGGGAUAUAAAGAGGGAGAUGACAAAAUGUAUUUUCUGCGUCAUCUAGAUAAAGUAAUGCAACUUUUUCAGCUAAUCCAAGAAAUCUGCAAAAUUUGUUUUUUAAGCUUUCAUUACUAGUUUGUUAAUAGGCGUUGAUAAUUAUGGAACAAAACAAAAUUGUAUUCCAAGAUCACUUCUAAAAUGAGGCUGCCUUUUUUUCUCCAAUUGGUUGUUAAACACCUCAGUGAUCUUUUCCCAUCUCUAACUGUUUCCCUUUCCUUUCUAGUGUACCUCAUUCGAGUUUGUUUACCAGUUAUUUUUAGUUGCGUGUGUAUCUUAAGGUACCCUUUAAAAUUCUGUACCGCACAAGCGUGUGUUGCGAAGAGUUUGAAGUGUGAAAGAGCGCGAUAUAGAUGGUACGCCAUACUGCUAUUUUACCCGCGAAACCAAUUAGAACGUGAGACUGUCAACAUUUGCACCAUCCGCAUCAACGACACCCGCACAAGCGAGAGAUGGAAAAGCAAGACGAAAAUAGAGGUUGUAGCUAAUGUUCUAGGCUUUCUCUUACUUAGAAAAGUUGACGUCACUUGGCUGGAAGGUGAAAGAAGGAAAAUGCGUUAUAUGGAACCAAAAAAUACGACGUAGUGUGGGCAUUUGAAAGUCACAACUUUCAAUCUUUUGAACGUGGCGUGACAAAAUAGAAUACGUGUUUAUUCGCUCGCUUGUGGUUGGGACGCAUCCCAAAAAAUAGAAAUAUAAUUGAGAAUGUUUAGAAUAAAAAGGCUAAAGAAAUCAUAUUUGUGUAUUGAUUGCUUGGAAAAUAUAAGUGGUUAGCUGCUGUAGAGCUCUCUCCCGAGUUCCAUCUAUGGCAAGAAGCGCUUCAUAUUUCAUUGCUGAAUGAAAUUGAUGUGUGAGAAAUGUCAUCUAAAGGAAAUACAGCGUAAACCGAAAACACCGUCAGACCAGGAUCAUAUCUUUAUUAUUUUGCUCAAGAUUUGUCCUUCGAAACAAAACUUCAAUCGCAUUUAUUUCGAAAGCAGCAUAUUUUCCAAUUGUCAAAUUUGCAAAUAGGCUACAUAAACAAUAAUCUUUAAUAUGGUGAGAAAAUAAAAGCUCCACUUUCUACAUAUAAAUCCACACACAACCCACAAUUCCUCUAAUCGCUCUGACGAAGGGCUAACGCUCGAAACGUCAGCUUUUUUACCCUUUACGGUGGCUAAUUUACGUUUUCAACCCAGUUGUUAACACUAAAUUACCUGCAUUCCGAAAAGGUCGAGUUAGCCUCCGAUACCGCCUCAAUAACUGCUAGUUUUCCUUUCGUUAUGAUUAAGUUAGAGAAAAUAUAGGAAAGGAGGAGGGGGAAGUUUGUUGUUACGUGUAAUUUUUAACCAAAGUAAAUGGCAGCUGUUCCCCCACUUUUUGUCUGCGAGAAGACAACUGGAUGCGAUCCUGAAGCCCCUUUUGCCAACAGGGUGGAUUAUCUUAGGUGGCUGUUUACGUACGCGUCUGUAACAAACUUAUGUAGUUUAGUCCUGGAUCGCUACAUUGCUGUUGUGAAUCCUCUCAAAUACUUAUUGUUCAUGACGCGCAAACGUGUUUCUCAGUUGAUUUUUCUUUCUUGGAUACUGUCAGUUCUUGUUGUUUGUCUCGAUGUUCUAGCGUGGCUCGUUUUUAACGACAGUAUUUCUGUUUUCUUAGUUAAUACUUGGAUAUUAAUGAUUUUAGAGAUCCUGUCGUGCUGCAGUCUUAUUUUUUACUUUGGUUCAAUGUUACAUGUUGUUUAUAAACACGAACGAGCCGCCCGUAGCCUAGCGAAACAACUCCGCUUCAAUCAUCGAUAUUUGCACAAAAACGAGGAGAAGUCCGCUGUGAAAUUGAUGGUCAUUGUUAUUGGCCUGUUUCUUGUUUGUUCUGGAUGCUCUCUGCGAUGUAGUCUUGUAUAUAUAAUGAAAGACGAACAACCAUGUAAUGAUAAAAGAUUCAAAUUGCCUCUGUUAGUUUUAAACUCUGCCAUCAACCCCGUUGCUUACGCUUUCUUCAAGAGGGACAUAAAAGAGGAAGUAGAA